AUGCCAGAAAAGGAUGUCGAUUCACUGGUGCAAGAGUUGUUGUGCGGCAACAAAAAGUUAACCAAAGCGCAACAGCAAAAGAAACGAGAUUUGGAAGAAUUUUUAGUAAAAAAAUUGGAGCAAUAUGAUGAAGAAAGUGAUGAGACUGACUCCUCCGAUGCCGACAGUGAGAAAACUGAAAGCGAUAGCGAUUCAGAAACUGAUUCCGAUUCCGAAAGUGAUAGUGAAACCGAUAGCGAUGAGAACUCUACGACAGCCAGUGAUGAUGAUACUGAUUCCGAUGGCUCUGAUGAAGAUGGCUCUGAUGAUGAUGAUUCAGCUGAAAGCAGUGAAUUUUCUGACUCGGAUGAAGGGCAUAAUUACAGUAAGCAUUCGGAUGUGUUCAGCGAUGAGUAUACAAUAAACAGCUAUAGCGAUAACGAUUAUGUUAACUGA